AGCCGGCUCUGAGGGGACGGACGCUCUUUGCUUUUCCAGUGAGGCUUUGACCUAGUCCAUACGAAUUGGAGUUCUCCACUAGCAGCAGUUUCUGGAAAGAUUUCGAGUUUGUAUUUUUUCUUUUUGUUCAAUCGGUGGAACAUAUUGGCAUCUAUGUUUACCUCUAAACGAGUUUUUUGCUGGCAGCUUAAAUGACUUUAUUUCUCUCAGAAACGCUACAUAUUUUCUCCCUCAGGUGCUCAUAUCCUUACCUUCCAUGACAAAUCUUGACGACAAUAUAUGCAAAAGAUAUGUAAAGAUGAUAACUAAUAUAGUUAUAUUGAGCCUGAUCAUCUGCAUUUCUUUAGCUUUCUGGAUUAUGUCCAUGACUGCAAGCACCUAUUAUGGUAAUUUACGGCCUGUUUCUCCUUGGCGUUGGCUGUUUUCUGUUGUUGUUCCUGUUUUGAUCGUCUCUAAUGGCUUUAAAAAGAAAAGUCUAGAUCAUAGUGGAGCUUUAGGAGGGCUAGUGGUUGGAUUUAUCCUAACCAUUGCAAAUUUCAGCUUUUUUACGUCUUUGCUGAUGUUUUUUCUUACUUCUUCAAAACUCACUAAAUGGAAGGGAGAAACAAAGAAGCGUCUAGAUUCAGAAUAUAAGGAAGGAGGUCAAAGGAACUGGAUUCAGGUGUUUUGUAAUGGAGCUGUGCCCACAGAGCUGGCCCUGCUAUACAUGAUAGAAAGUGGCCCUGGGGAAAUCCCGAUAGAUUUUUCCAAGCAGUACACUGCUUCCUGGAUGUGUUUGUCUCUCUUGGCCGCACUGGCCUGCUCUGCUGGAGACACAUGGGCUUCAGAAGUUGGCACGGUUCUAAGUAAAAGCCCGCCAAGGCUGAUAACAACGUGGGAGAAGGUUCCAGUUGGGACCAAUGGAGGUGUUACAGUGGUGGGCCUUGCCUCAAGUCUCCUUGGCGGUACCUUUGUGGGCAUUGCAUACUUCCUCACACAGUUGGUUUUUGUGAAUGAUUUAGACAUUUCUGCUCCCCAGUGGCCAAUUAUUGCAUUUGGGGGUCUAGCUGGAUUACUAGGAUCAAUUGUGGACUCAUAUUUAGGGGCUACAAUGCAGUUUACUGGUUUGGAUGAAAACACUGGCAUGGUGGUCAACAGCCCAACAAAUGAGGCAAAGUACAUAGCAGGGAAACCCAUUCUUGAUAACAACGCAGUGAAUCUGUUUUCUUCUGUCCUUAUUGCCCUCUUGCUCCCAACAGCUGCUUCGGGUUUUUGGCCCAGGGAGUAAACUUUUAUUUCAUUUCCAUAGAUCAAAACUGGUGAGUCCACCUAAAUUUGCAAUUCCAGUGUUCAUCUUAAGAAUAAUACUUGUAGUCGCAAAGCAGAAUUACUAGUUCCAUUUUCCUCUCAACUCCCUUGUAACAGCUAGCAUCUUUCUAGUGAAAGAGAAGAGUUCAUAGAACUUCUGCAUAUUUUUCUUCUGCUGAAUGGAGGUUCUUGAGCAGUGAAGCUACCUUGUCCCUACAUAUUGCUAUAUAUUGAAUUGAAAAUUCCUGUGUAGUCAAUGUCAAGUAUUAUUUUGUUUUGUUUGUUUAAACCAACAUAGAGCCUAAAAGUGAUGAUGUUUAAAAUGGUUCUCAGUUGAGGCAGAGAAAUGCUACUGUGCCAGUUACCCAAAUGUUGUAUCUGCCUUAAAUGUUUUAAGCUAAUAUAUGUGGAAGCCUAAAUAAGUAUAGUAUCCUGGACUUCUCCCAUUACCUUGCCAUCACAAUUGUGAAAAAUGUGGAUAGUGGUCCCUAGUGAGUUAUGUGGCCUACUCCACACUUGUGCUUCCUUCCUCAGGGUUAGUGAUGAGAAAAAAAGUAAAUGCCUUUUUCAUAUGACCAUUAUAAAGCAUGAAAAAAAAUUAUUUUUAACUAAAAGCAAAAGAACGUUAUCUUAUAUCUAAAAAACGUGCACCUUACUAUAUAGUUCAGUUCUCUGAACAGAAACUAUCUUGAGUUCAAAAUUCUUAAUGUAUUAUAUAGCUUUCUUUGAAGUAUGUAUAGGAAUAUGGUUUAGUAUUGGCAUCCCGAACAGCUGAAGAGUCAUUGGAAAAUUAUUGUAAUUUCUUUUUAA